AUGGAAAACAAUAGCCGUCGUAAAUCAUUUGUAGACGUUAGUCGUAAAUCAUUAACCCUUAAUAAUAUUUUCGGUGAUGAAAAUGAUUCUGUAAAAAAAACUCAAUAUUCGGCCAAGUCAUACCUCGACUCACUGUUGAAGGAAAAAGAAGACUGGAGUAAAAUUUAUCAAGAGAAAAAAAAAGUGUGUGAAGUACUCGAAGAAAAAUUUAAAAUUGAAUCAUUGGUUAUAAACAAGAGCGACGUUGAAAAUUAUUUGAGUCCGGAAGACAAAAUAUUCCUUGAAAAUAAACCCAAUUAUUUAGAAAUGAUGGAAACCGUUAAGAAAUACAUUGAUAUACUGAAAGAAAUAAUUGAUUGUUACAAUAAAGCAUGUGAUGAAAUUGAAACAAAUAAUAAAAUUAUAAUCGAUUUGAUGUGUGAUGAUGAUAAUCUUUGUGAUAUAUGUAACAGUAUGAAUUGUCAAAUAUCCGAACACAAAUUUAUUAUUUAA